AUGCCAAGACAAUCGAUCAAGAAGGUCGAUGCUACCUCGAAGGAACCAGAUCCCAUAGAUGGCGCCGCAAUCCCAGUUCCAUGCGGGCACGUCUUCGACCUUGCUUGCAUUACCCACCUCUUCCAGUCCUCAGUCCGUGACGACUCCCUGUAUCCACCACGAUGCUGUCACAGAAACAUACCCUUCACAAAAGUACGACGCUACGUCAGUCAAGCUUUAAUUGCAGACUUUCGGCUCAAAGGUCGAGAGAAGAAAACGAUGCAUCGGGUGUAUUGCUCAUCGCCAUCCUGCAAUCGCUUUCUUGGUGCGCUCCACCAAAAGUCGUCACGAAAAGUGUACGAUUGCCCAGCCCCAAGUUGUUCCACCCGUACGUGUGGAAAAUGCCGUACAAAGUACGAAGGGGUUGGGAAUCACAACUGCGUUAUUGAUGCAGCAACGCAACAAGUGCUUGAUAUCGCUCAAGCAUCAGGCUGGGCAAGAUGCCCAGGAUGCUCCCAUUUGAUAGAGAAGAUCGCUGGCUGUAAUCAUAUGGUUUGUCGUUGUGGAACAACGUUCGAUUACGCCUGCAAGUAA